GUUAUUGUUGUUUUAUCGUUAUUGUUAUUUUAUUCUUGUUGUUUUUAUUGUUAUUGUUGUUUUCAUUGUUCUUGUUUUUAUUGUUAUUGUUGUUUUUAUUGUUAUUGUUGUCGUUUUUGUUGUUUUAUUGUUGUUUUUAAUGUUAUUGUUGUUUUUAUUGUUAUUGUUGUCGUUUUGUUGUUUUUAAUGUUAUUGUUGUUGUUUCUAUUGUUAUUUUUGUUGUUUUUAUUGUGGUCUGCAGUCUGCUGCUGCUGAAUCCUUCAGUGUUUCUGUCGAUGUUUCCUCAAACACCGUUUCAUUCAAAGCCGACUAAAGUUGUUUUUUUUUGGUUUUCAAGCAUCGAUGUUUCUGUUCAGACUCCAGCUGUGUUUUUAAAAAACUCCCAAACAGAAACGGAGUCACUUUUCUGUCUUUUCUUUGAGUUUGUUUCUGAGAAAACCGGUUAAAAUCAGAGAAACAAACUGAGAAAUCCAGAAACCCUUUGACUCUGCUAGAGGUUUUCUGUCUUUGUGCUCAUCUUCUAUUGCAUUUACAUCAUGCUGUGUCAAAUUAGAUGGUUUUUGAGACAUUUGUUUUGUCUUUCUGGUCUUUUUGUGUCUUUUUUGGCGGUUUAACCGUCUUUUUAUGGUUGUUUUUGUCUUGUUUUAUUUUUUGUGGUUAUUUUGUCUCAUUUUGAUUCAUUUUUGUCUCUGUCAUCGCUGGGUCUUUACCUUUUCUAUUCUUUUUUUUACGUGUCAUUUUCUGUCUCAUUUUGGUUAUUCUGUGUAAAACUUCAUAGUUUCUGACUUCUUUCUGUGUCUCUUUAUGGUCAUUUAGUCUUUUUAUGGUCAUUUUAUUUUACAUUUCCAUCAUUCUGAGUGAAGUCAGACAGUGUUUGACACAUUUUCGGUUGUCUCUCCGGUCAUUUUCUGUCUCAUUUCUGUCUCAUUUGCAGGUAAGGCCAGGAUCUUCUCUGAUCAGAACAUCUAAUGAACCCACCUGCAGACCUGAGAGGACCUUCUGCCUCCAGAAGCUGCUGCAGGUUCGAGGUUUUCUGCUUUUCCAAAUGCCAGCAGCUCCGUCAGCACAUUUCAGAAUCAGGAAGCUCCUGGUUUCGUGUGAUUGGGGGUUGAAGCUGCGGCUCGUCAGCAGACGUCAAAGCAGAGAUGAAGAGUGUCGGGCUGGACGUGUUCUGCUGGAGCUUCUGGAGCUAUGCGGCUGUGGUGGUCCUCAUGUUGUUCCUCAGUGGGAACUUCUGGUGCUCCUGCAGGCCUCAGCCCAUGGACUGCAGCGUCCACAUGGCUCUUCCCGUCUUCAUCGUGUUCCUCAUCGUCGUGUGGAUGGACAGAAGCUUCCACAGCGUCGGCAGGCGUCUGGUCCUCAGCAGCAGAUGCAGCUUCCUGGCUGCUUGUUGCAGACUGGUGGUGAAGGCGCUUCUGGUCGGACUGCUGUGGCCGGUUCUGGUGCUGAUCGGUGGAGACUGGUUCGUCUGCUGUAUGAACGACCAGCAGCUUCUCUGUAAACCAGAAGGAAGAACCACGGAUGAGGAGAAACAGAACCUCAAUGAGCUCAGAAACAAGUCCAGGAUGAUCGGUUCCUUCUUGCUCUUUGCCAUCGUCUCUGUUCCUGCUCUGGCGACGACCUUCAGACGGGGAAAACCUUCGAUUCAUGAAAGAAGAACUUUCUACCAUCGACUGAUCCUGGAUCAGGAGGCCGAGGUUCUGCAGGAGACUCUGGCCAGAUGUUCCAGAGACAGGCUCAGGAACGAGGUGGAGAACCGGAUCCGAGCCGAGACGUGGGAGGAGAGUUUCAAUGUAGCAGAAGAUCUGAUUAAAGAGUCGACCAGGCCGACGAUUCCAGAACAAGAACCCUGAAGAGUUUCUGGACCACCGAGGAGCUGCUCAGGAGUUCUUCUGUCGUCUCUGAUCAAGAAAUUUACUUCAGUUUAUCCUUUCUUUGUGAUUUAUGGAACAAUCCAGGAGACACAACUCAAUAGUUUGUCAUUUUCAACCAUUUCUUUGCUAAAAUUUUGAUUAAAUUUCAAAUUUUUCUGGUCGAUGUCAAAACGUUUUGGAUGAUUUCUGUUAAAUAAAUGAAUUAAAUGAUGUUUUCUCCUGA